AUGACGCUACCUUCCGCCUUUGCUUCAUCAUCCGCGAUGCCCAUCCCCGAUCCGGACUCGUUGAUGGUUCUGGAAGCGCCCUUCGCCCGGUCGCCGUACGAGGAUCUGAGGAGGAGACUCAGGACACACCAGCGUAUCACAGAUCGCGACUUUGCUUCCAUCAACACUCUCGUCAGUGAUCUGGCAAUCAAAGGUGGCCAAGAUGGAAGGCAGGAGAUGCUGGAGAGGGUAGAAUCUAUCAUCGAGAGGGUACGGGGGAUGAAGGAGAAGCUGAGUCCUCUUGUUGGAGACCUCGACAGCUCCGUGACAUCUGUACAGCGUCGCACGUCUCACUUGGCUCAAAUCCAGAGCCUGCGCGACCGUACGACUGCAAUGGAUACUGAGGCGACGGAAUCUACUCAGGAACCUGACCAAGGCAAAGCGGCGGCAAUGUCUGCUUAUCAGCAAUUCACAGAUAUCAGACUGCAGAGGAUGAUCGUAGACUGGCUCUGCAGAAUGGGCUUCGUAGGCAGUGCGGAGAGACUUGUCAAUAAUACAGGACUGCAAUACCUUACCGAUAUCACCCUGUUCAAGGAACUCUAUAUCAUUCGCGACUCGAUGACCCCUUCUCCCUCUUCGAGCCAGAAAGCCAGUUGCUCAUCGGCGUUGGCCUGGUGUGUAGACAACAAAGCAGCCCUGAGGAGGAUCAAGUCCACAUUGGAAUUCGACCUACGCUUGCAGGAGUUCAUUGAUCUCUGUCGGCACCGGUCUCCAGAGUCUCUCUUUGCCGCCCGCACCUAUCUACGCAAGCACCUUCUGCCCAUGUUCAAGACGGCCACGGCUGCAACGCUUGGACCGGCGAAGGAUGAAGAUAGCGAGCAAGACUUCCGCAACAAUGCGAAGAUUGUGGCGGAUGUGACUCGAGCAUUUGGUCUGCUAGCCACGCCUCCGGGAGGCUGGGUCUAUCAAGACUUGUACAACGCUGCCCGCUUACCGAAGUUAUUCGGUCAACUCUUCACUGCUGCUAUGAGCAUUUAUUCUCUCUCCCCUCAGCCAGUCCUAAACAUAGCUCUCUCUGCCGGUCUCAGCAGCCUCAAAGUGCCUGCUUGCUAUGGCGGAGAGCGGAAGGACAAGGCAGAUGACGGAGGCUUGAAUACUACCGACGAGACUCGCAACCUCAAUUGUCCCGUCUGUGCGACCAUCAAGCUCACGAAGACAUCUCAUGGUCACGCGUCCAAUUCUCUGGUCGACGGGCUGGGACUAGGCACCCUGGCAAAGGAAAUACCAUGGAGUCAUCACUCCAAUUCUACGAUCGUCUGCCGGAUCAGCGGCAGGGUCAUUGACGAAGGCGCAGAGGAAGGAGAGGGAGGGCAGGCUGUCGCUUUGCCGAAUGGAAGGGUCUAUAGUAAAAGGGUGAAUGAUGCCUCGGCUGCCGCUCGCAAGAGACGCAACGAGGGCAAAUCCUCGCAGGCAUUUGUGACUUGCCCGAGGACAAGAGACCGCUUUUUCACUGGUCAGAUGCGAAGGGUGUACAUAUCUUAA